CCCGUCUCUCCCAGGCGAGGAGCGCAUCGGGCGGGACUCCACCUACGAGCAGGAGGGGAAGGUGCAGUUUGUGAUCGACGCCGUCUACGCCAUGGCCCACGCCCUGCAUGACAUGCACCUGGACCUGUGCCCCGGCGCCCCCGGGCUCUGCGAGCGCAUGGACCCCGUGGACGGGCGCACCCUGCUGCACUACAUCCGCGGGGUCACCUUCAAUGGCAGCGCUGGGACCCCCGUCAUGUUCAACGAGAACGGAGAUGCCCCCGGGCGCUACGAUAUCUUCCAGUACCAGCUCACCAACACCACAGUGCCCGGGUACAAAGCCAUCGGGCAAUGGACCGAAUACCUGCGCCUGAACAUCGAGGAGAUGCAGUGGUCCGGGGGCCAGCAGGACAUCCCCUCGUCCGUCUGCAGCCUGCCCUGUGGGCCGGGCGAGCGGAAGAAGAUGGUGAAGGGCGUGUCCUGCUGCUGGCACUGCGAGCUCUGCGACGGGUACCAGUACCAGCUGGACGAGUUCACCUGCGAGACCUGCCCCUUCGACAUGCGCCCCAGCCCCAACCGCACGGCCUGCCGGCCCACGCCCAUCGUCAAGCUGGAGUGGAGCUCGCCCUGGGCCGUGCUGCCCGUCUGCCUGGCCAUGGGCGGCAUCCUGGGCACCACCUUCGUGGUGGUCACCUUCGUGCGCCACAACGACACGCCCAUCGUCCGGGCCUCGGGGCGGGAGCUGAGCUACGUGUUGCUGACCGGCAUCUUCCUCAUCUACGCCAUCACCUUCCUGAUGAUCGCCGAGCCGGGCGUGGUGGUGUGCGCCGCCCGGCGCCUCUUCCUCGGGCUGGGCAUGGCCCUCAGCUACUCGGCCCUGCUCACCAAGACCAACCGCAUCUACCGCAUCUUCGAGCAGGGCAAGAAGGCGGUGACGCCGCCCCGGUUCAUCAGCCCCACCUCGCAGCUGGCCAUCACCUUCAGCCUGAGCGCCGUGCAGCUGGUGGGGACGCUGGCCUGGCUGGGGGCCCUGCCGCCCCACAGCGUCAUCGACUACGAGGAGCAGCGGGUGCCCAACCCCGAGGCGGCCCGGGGGGUGCUCAAGUGCGACAUGUCCGACCUGUCGCUCAUCUGCUGCCUGGGCUACAGCCUGCUGCUCAUGGUCACCUGCACCGUCUACGCCGUCAAGGCCCGCGGCGUGCCCGAGACCUUCAACGAGGCCAAGCCCAUCGGCUUCACCAUGUACACCACCUGCAUCGUCUGGCUGGCCUUCGUGCCCAUCUUCUUCGGCACCGCCCAGUCCGCCGAGAAGAUCUACAUCCAGACGACGACGCUGACAGUGUCCAUGAGCCUCAGUGCCUCAGUUUCCCUGGGGAUGCUCUACGUGCCCAAGGUCUACGUCAUCAUCUUCCACCCCGAGCAGAACGUGGCCAAGCGCAAGCGGAGCUUCAAGGCGGCGGCCACGGCCGUCAGCGCCUCCACCCGCCUCUCGCAGAAGGGCAGCGAGCGCCAGAACGGGGCUGAUGCGGCCCCGGCCAGCAAAUAG